AUGGCAGACCAAAAUCCGACCACUGUGGAUCAGCAGCAGCAACAGCAGCAGCAAGAUUCGAAAGAGGACAAGCCAAACAGUAACCAAAAUCAACAACAAGAUUCUAAAAAGAAACGUACAGGACCAAAAAGAAGAAAGGUUACCCAUGCUUGUGUAUAUUGUAGACGUUCACAUAUGACUUGCGAUGAAGGGCGGCCCUGUCAGCGUUGUAUCAAACGUAGCAUUGGACACUUGUGUCAUGACGAAGUAAAAACACCUAAUAAUGGCUCUAACGCUGCAUCCCAACAACAACACCAACAACAACAACACCAACAACAGCAGCAACAACACCAACAGCCACAACAAAUGAAUAGUAGUAGACAGGAUGGGUUAGGUCAGCAAGGCUUAGCUGGGAAUUAUCAAGCAUUAUCUUCUGUUAAUAAUGCAGCACCUUUCGGAUCAAACAGUACAUUGGGAGGGCUCCCAUUACAAUUUUAUGGUCAAAUGGGUACAGGACAACUCACGUUCGCUAGUGAACAAAUGGGCAAUGAAAUAUCUGUUAUUAGUGAUUUUCUUGACUCGCUUGGGGCGAGUGGAGACGUGCAAGGCAUCUAUACUACGACCAACAAUAACAACAGUAAUACUAAUAAUGCUAAUAACACCACUAAUAACACAAACGCGCCGCCAAAUACAAGCGUGAAUACGACAGAAAGGUUCUUUUUAACAGCAGCAGAUCCUUCGGAUGGAAAAUUAGAAGAUCGGUUAACAGAAGUUAUAAAUGCUAAAUACGAAGCAGGGUUUUUGAAGCCCUAUAAUUAUGUGAAUGGUUAUGCCAGAUUACAAAAAUAUAUGGACAGCAAUAUGUCAGCGUCUAGUAGACAAAGAAUUUUGAAUGUGAUGGGUACCUUUAGACCUGCAUUUAGAUCUGUUGCUCAGUCACUGACAGAUAUAGAUUUAAUAUUGGUCGAAGAAGCAUUUGAGCGAUUACUUCUGGAUUAUGACCGAGUAUUCAGUUCAAUGGGAAUACCAGCAUGUCUGUGGAGAAGAACAGGCGAAAUCUAUAAGGGCAACAAAGAAUUUGCUGCUUUAGUUGAUGUGCCGAUCGAGAAUUUAAGGGAAGGCAGACUUUGUAUUUAUGAACUUAUGGCAGAAGAAUCUGCUGUCAACUAUUGGGAGAAAUAUGGAAAUAUUGCAUUUGAUCCAGGACAAAAGGCAGUGUUGACUUCUUGUUUACUGAGAAGCCCCAAUCCUGAGAAUACUAGCGUGAUUUCAUGUUGCUUUUCUUUUACAAUUAGACGUGACAAAUAUAACAUACCUACCGUGAUUGUUGGUAAUUUCUUACCGAUUCAACUACAAUAA